AUGGCAAAGGCAAAAGAAUUAAAGGAGGCUGAGCUUGAUGUGAAGCAAGUAGGAGGACCAGUUCUGGUUGGACCAGCAGAGGAAACAGAGAGAGGGCUUUACUUCCUUUCAAACCUUGACCAGAACGUAGCAGUUAUGGUUCGUACAGUUUAUUGUUUCAAAUCUGCAGGUUCAAGAGGGAACGAGGAUGCUGCAACAGUAAUCAGACAAGCAUUGUCCAAGAUUCUUGUCCCUUAUUACCCCAUGGCUGGCAGGUUAACUUUAAGUUCUGAAGGGAAGUUGAUAGUUGAUUGCACUGGUGAAGGUGUGAUGUUCGUUGAGGCUGAAGAAACAAACUGUGAUGAGAUUGAGGAAAAUGGAGAUUUGAUCACAAACCCUAAUCCUUCAACUCUUGGGAAACUGGUUUAUAGUGUUCCUGGUGCCAACAACAUACUUGAGAUGCCUCUUAUGACUGUUCAGGUUUCACUUUGA